AUGAUGCUCAGACCACAAUCAGCAGCGGUGCGGCCCACAAUAGCGCGCGUUGCAGCAGUGCGCACUGCCAGCCAGCAUGGUCGGCAUCAAAUCCACCCCCCGGCCGCGACAACGUCGAGUCAUACCGAUCCAACACCUCGAUCACUCUAUGCUUCGAGUUCACCAACAUUGCGAAGCGGCUCACAUGGCCCAGCACAGUAUCCUGGCAUACAAUCUUCGGCAUUCCACUCGAGCUGCAGGUCGUUUGCGGACGCAGAGUCGACGGCGGGAUCGUUCCACGCGCCCGCAUCGGACAUGCCUUCGGUGAGCCCGCGCUCGCUGGUCAAGUACCUCGACACGUACGUGGUCGGCCAGACCAAAGCAAAGAAGGUGCUGGCCGUGGGGGUGUGGAACCACUAUCUGCGCGUAGCGUCGAACCAGCGCAUGCGCGAGGAGCACGAGCAGCGACUGGCCGACGCCCAACCCGACGCCACCCCUGCAUCGCGAUCGCUUCGACUGGGCAAGUUCCAGCGCGAUGACACUCCGGCAGAAGGCGAUGAGGUCGGGGAGAGCUGGAAGGCGCACCAUGCGAUCCAGCAGGAACGUGCCGCGGAACGAAGCCGCGAUCCACACGGCGAGGCGACGCGCAGCCUUAUGUUCGGACGCGCCGAGCGCGAGUGGCUCGUCAACGCCGGCGGACCCCAGGCGAUCGAGGAGAACAGCGAGACAGUGCGCAAGUUCGGCGACACCCCAGACGCUCCACCGAGGAGGGCGGUUAAGACGCCAGCAGAGGAGGCGGAGCAGCGCCUCGGUCAGGGUGGCAGCGAGACGGCACUGGCAGAGGCGGCGUCGAGAAUGCACGACGCCGUGCUGUCGGACUACACUCCUGCCGCCAAGCGUACCUCGCCAGCUGAGGUGAGCGAGGAGGAGGCGCCGCUGUACUUUUCGUCCAACUCGAUCGCGCACCGUCCGCCCAACAAGCCCGCCCCGCGCACACGAACAGCCAAGCCCGAGGCCGACGUGCAUAAGUGGGAGUCGCCUUCGGACCGUGCCGCGCACGCCGCGAGCUUGGCGGAAGAGCGCACACGGCGAGCGCUUCGCGCUGCCCACCAACGGCUGUCCACCCCCACCUCCUCGGCCCCCUCAGCGACCACCGCGUCGACAGGGAUGGGGAUGGGCUCGUUCAUGUCCUCGCAGCCAGGGACUUUGCCGUUUUUCGAAAAGUCCAACAUCCUGCUGCUGGGACCGUCGGGGAGCGGCAAGACGCUGCUGCUGCGCACGCUGGCGCAGGCGCUGGAUGUGCCGUUUGUGCACGUCGACGCCACGCCGCUCACCAUGGCCGGCUACGUGGGCGACGACGUGGAGAGCAUCAUCCAGCGGCUGUUGGUGGAAAGCGGCUGGGACGUCGAGCGUGCCCAGCGCGGAAUCGUGUGCAUCGACGAGAUCGAUAAGCUCCGACGCGGGCCAGUGGGAGGAGGAGCGGGGGGCAAAGAUGUGGGUGGCGAGGGCGUACAGCAGGCGUUGUUGAGGAUGCUAGAGGGGACAACGAUUCAGGUGGCCGAUAAGAGCGGUGCGGCAGCAGCUGGUGGGGGCAAAGCGAAACCUCAGGCUUGGUCACCACUCAACCCGGGUGAGGGGGGGAAGGAGCUGGGGGCUUGGUAUAACUCGCGGCGGCAGCGUGUGGGUGGUCGCGAUCCGGCGGGAGGGGUGCAGGGCCAGGGAGCGUCGUUCAGCGUGGACACGAGCUCGAUCCUCUUCGUGCUGUCGGGCGCGUUUGUGGGGAUCGAGGAGACGAUUCGAAAGCGGUUGGCGUCGCACGGCGGUGCAUUGGGUACGGCCGAGCUGCUGGCGCGGCUGGAGCCGGGCGAUUUGGAGCAGUACGGACUGAUCCCCGAAUUCAUCGGCCGCGUACCGGUGUCUGUCGUGCUGGCACCGCUCACGCACAACGACCUGGUGCGCGUCAUGACCGAACCGCGCAAUAGUCUGGUGGACCAGUACACGUCGCUGUUCCAGCUCAACGGCAUCACACUCCACAUGACGCGCGGCGCAAUCGAAGAGGUCGUCCACCGCGCUCUCGGCACGUCCCCACCUUCACCAGCAUCAACCGCAUCAACCGCAUCCACAUCGAAAAAGAAGGAGAAGGUGGAGGUGGGGGUGGGGGAGAAGGUGGAGCGGGUGGCGGGGGGAGGAGCACGCAGUCUACGUCGCAUCAUGGAGGAGAUCCUGCUGGACGCCUUCUACGAAUCCUACGGCAGCGAGUCGGUCAAGUACAUCCUUGUCGACCGGGCCGCUGUACGCGACGGACACGUCAAGCUCUUCUCGCGCGGUCAGAAGUUCGACUUUGACGCCCAGUGCGGCCUCGACUCGGAACCUCCCGCCACCAUCAAACCACCUGUACGCAAGGAGAAGCACGAGGUCGAUCCCACACGCGUCAGUAUGGCUCGACUCAAAGCACGCGCCAUGGUGCGUGCGCGCCUGCGCCGCACCAACCGCCUCGUCGAUCCCGUCAUCUACAUCUAA